AUGGUCAAAGAUAGGUCCAACGAGCCUUCUCAUACUGAGAACGCUUCGACAAGUUCUUCGUCACAAGAGAAACCCCAGUUUGGACGUCUCGUCGGUGGGAAGUACUCCCAAGAGGUCAACGACGAUGAGUCUUUCCCUGAAUACGGUUCGCUGCAACAAGUCGACGUCGACAUGCCCUUGACCUUUACCGAAACAACAAACCACAAUGGCAGACAAGUUGUCAUCCUCGAUUUCCGGCACGGCGAUCCCGAAAACCCCUUCAACUGGAGUGGCAAGAAGAAGGCCUUUUUGAGUUCGCUACUCUGUCUCAUGACCCUCUUCAUCGGUCUCGCAACAACGGCCUACAGUUCCGGAAUCUCGAGAAUGUGUGAGGAAUUCGGUGUCUCGGAAGAACUGGGCCAGCUUGGUCUGUUCUGCUUCAACUUCACGUGUGCCCUCGCUCCCAUGUUUCUGGCACCCUUCUGUGAAUUGGUCGGUCGUAAGAUCGUUUAUGUCGGUGGAUACGUUUGCUUCGCUCUCAUGUUCAUUGGUCUCUCGCUGGGCAAGAACAUCGCUACCAUUCUCGUCUGCCGCGCCCUGCUGGGUCUCUUCGGUUGUAUCGGUACCAUCCUGGUUGGUGGUACUUUCGGUGACAUGUACACGCCAGACCACCGUGCUAUCCCCAUGGCCUCGUUCUCCUACAUCGCUAUUCUUGGUACCGUGGGUGCCCCCAUUUACGCCGGAUUCAUCGACCAGGCCCUCGGCUGGCGCUGGGUUGAGGGUAUCCAGGGUCUUGCCAACAUCCCUCUCGGUAUCGCCAUCAUCGUCUUCUUCCGUGAGACCCGUGGCUCCGUCGCCCUGAACAAGCGUGCCAAGGCCCUUCGCAAGGCCACCGGUGACGACCGCUACAUCACCCGCACCGAGCUCGAGGCCCCCGGUGUCAAGGAAAUGCUCCACAACUCGUCUGUCAAGGCCAUCAAGAUGCUCUUCACUGAGCCCGUCGUGUUCUUCUUCGGUCUCUGGAUCGCCUUCGCCUGGUUCCUGACCUUCCUCUUCCUUUCCGUCAUUCCCAUCACCUUCCAGGAGAAGCACGGCUGGGGCGAGGGUGCCGCCGGUCUCCCCUACAUCUCACUCUGCAUCGGUACCACGAUUGGAUUCGGCAUGAACUUCUUCCAGAUCCGCAAGUACAACCAGGUCCGCAUUGCCAACAACGGCCGCGUGCAACCCGAAGCCCGUCUCUACGGUGCCCUCUUCGGCGCCAUCUGGCUCCCGAUCGGUCUCUUCAUCUACUCCUUCACCCAGUACGGCUACCUCGUCUGGGCCGGUCCCAUCAUCUCCCUUGCCCUCAUCACCAUCGGUAUCUUUUUCAUCUUCGAGUCCUGCUACUCCUUCACCUCGGACUGCUACGGCGAGAACUCAUCCUCCGCCAUCGCGGGCCAGGGUCUCAUGCGUAACACCCUGGGCGCUGUGUCCCCGCUCUUCGCCUCGCAAUUCUUCCACAACGUCGGUAGCCAGUACGCCGGGUUGAUCCUGGCGCUCGUCGCUACCGUCCUUACCUUCCUCCCAUUCGUCCUGUUCAAGUUCGGGCCGCAGAUCCGCGCCCGGUCUAAGCUUGCCAGCUCGACGACUCGGGCUAUGGGUGUGGACUAA